UUGAUGUUGUCUCUGUGUAAUCGGAACCAUUCCGCAGCUGCACGUCAUUCUUUAACCCACUGCAGGGUACCGGCUCGUAAAGCUUAUUCGCAUCAACGAACGCUCGAUCAGUUGGUGAUAGCUGGAAUUGGACGAAAUUCCGAUUGGGCAGUGGCAUCUCGAGGUACUGCGCAUCGUGUGCUCUGCUGCGCAGCUCGGGUUCUGCUCAUAUUUGGACGGGUUUUACAGUCAUAUAACUUGAUUCUCGCCACGCGUAGAGCGCUCAAUGUUUGCGAUAUAUGCUUGGCUUUAAGGAUCACACUAGUUUACCACUGCACGCAGUUCACGUGGCUUCCACGUGUACGAGUGGAUCAUGCUUGUUCUCCAUGUGCUCGCAGUUCUGAAAUCGGUAUCCAGAUCUCAACCUAG